AUGGUAAAUAUUUUUAGAAAGACUUUUCGACGUUUCGUAAAAAUUUACAAGAGACGACAAGUAGCACGUUCAAUUCCAGUCGAAACGAAACAAAUAUUAUCGGAUGAAUGCAUUCAACAUGUAUUCAAAUUUCUCAGUGACAAUGGACUUUAUUCUUGUUUAUUUGUGAAUAAAUAUUGGUGCAAGAAUGCAAUCCCAAUCUUGUGGAGUCGACCUUUUCGUAAUUUAUCUCCGGAGAAUCAAUCGAAGCUAUUGGCAAUAUAUCUUGCACGUAUUACCCCCGAAGAAAAGGUGGCAUUAAACCGAAUUUUCAAAAAAAUCAAGAUCAAAAUCCAGUUACCAAAACAUCAACUUACCUACAAAUACGAAUCUUAUUUACAAGAACUUUCAUUCAAAGGAUUAGAAUCGGCUAUAUUUUCAUGGUUAAGCUCAUCAUUACGUAAACCCAUUAAAGAUACUCACAGUUUAAACGUGCAAAUAGAGCAUUUAACAACUCUAUUAUGCACUUUGUUUUUCCGAUCUUGUGAAAAUUUAAACUCUCUCAUUAUCGACAAACAUUUGUCUUUUACUAAUAUUCCUGAUGUUGUAGUAUUUUCGAAAUCUGGAAUUUUAACUCAACUUAGAAAACUUCAAAUAAAUUUUCGAAAAUCUGAAAGUAUCAUAGAUUUAUUAGAAUCCUUACACUUAUAUUGCAAAAAACUUGAAUCCUUGGAAGUUAACUUUAUAGAAUUUGAAAAUGACGAAGCAAUAUUUGAUUCAAUAUCAAAUCUCAUCGACCAACAAGAAGGAUUAAAAGAACUUCGGUUAGGAUAUAUUCAAUCGAGUAAUGGUACCAGAACGAUAUUAUCAUCGAUUAAAUCUCAAGUAGAUAGCAUACAUUCAAUUCAUUUUAAUGCUGUUAAUUUUAAAGGAAUCAGUUUAAAAAUUUUGGGUUCUUGCCCAAAUUUAAAGAAUUUAAUAUUUUGGAAUUCACAAGGUCUUGGUACUCAAAACUCAAAAAGUUUACAAGAUUCAAAAUAUCAUUUGGAAAAAUUACAUUUAUGGGGUCAACGAAAACAAUCAAAUAUUACCGCUACAAUAAUUCAGGCAACCGGAAAAACUGUUAAACAAUUAUGGGUGGAUUCUAUAUCUUCGGAAGUAGUUCAAUCAAUUAUUGAUCAUUGUUCACAACUUACCGACCUUCGAAUAAUGGAUUAUCAACCAAAACAAGUUCCAUUUCUUUUAAACUUACUUAAAGAUGUCAAUCAAUUAGAAAAACUUACUAUCACAAGAGAAACUGUAGUUGAAAUGGGUGUUGUAAACUUUUCAGGAAAGAAUCUUCCUAUUAAUCUCAAGUAUCUUAGAUUAGAAUGCGGUUUUACUACUGGGCAAUUGGAAAAAUUACUAACGACUUGCAAAGCUCCUUUGAGAACUUUAGUCGUGGACUAUUGUAAAUUUGAAUUUGCUCAUUUAAAAGUUAUAUCAGAUUACAUAAAGACUACAAAGUGUCUAAAAGUACUUGGAAUCGGAGGGAAGAAAGAGUAUAGUCAAAGAGAAUCAAGGGAAAUCGAGAGUUUAGAAAAAAAUUAUGGAAUUUAUGUCAUUCCUUUACAUGAAAUUCAUGAUUGGUAA